AUCCACACAGCCCGCUUGCCGUCUAUCGUUUGCACGCUUAACGUAUGAGAACUCAAGGAAGACAUGUGGAUACGGGGACAGUCUGGCUCGCCAACAGACACGCACUCACCCAUGGAAAGACAUGAUUGGAAACCUUGCCGCCAGGCGAUAGCGUUGGCGGCGGGGCAUCCGGGAUCUGCCCGCUUGUCAAACUCCCCGCUUUCCCCGCCAACAUCCAUGAUAUGAACAGCUGCCCACCAAGGGAACCCCUGUUGUGACGUUCACAUUGGCUCGUACAACAUCUUUUCUUGCGAAAACCUCAAACCCUCAGCCAUGCUUUGUGCCGUAUGCGUCGAGGCUCUUGCUUUUCGCCGUGGCUGGAAAACAAGAGCAUACAAGGUGUGGCAAAAGGAGCCAGACAAUGAGACAGCAAGCGAGCUCAGCAGUAGUGAAGAUGGUGAGGAGGACGAACCGGUCGAGAUGUUUCUGGGCCACCAACUCGCCCAUCAAGAGCAGGGAAAGAUAGGUCCCAAUCCGAUUCCAUUGGAUGCACGCCCGCACGGGCCAUAAGCCUCCCAAUUCAUCACUUCCGUCACUAAGGCCCAUGGGCCGUGACAGGGACCGCGCGGGGCUGUCAACUGCCGAGGAAGCCGGCUUGUCCGAAAUCUAUAAGAAUUGGAUGAGGGGCUCUCGUUAUAUCGCUCUUUCCUCACUGAAUUACCAAGACCCCUCCUACAGCUUUCCCUACAUCAUCGAGUAUCGUGACUUCUUCCUUCAACCGUUGUCGGAAGCAGUUUCCCUCCCAACGUCAUUGCGAACGACUGCAGCAUCAACAAAGCAAACACGUCACCAUGUCACAGCUCGAGGACCAUUCCCUACGCCCGUAUCCUUCGCCCGGGCGACAGGUCGAGGCACCAGGCGUAGCUGAAGAGACUGACUCACCGCAACGAGAGUCGCGCCGGAGGCGGGUCUGCGUGCUCGUCGGAUGCUCCUUGUUGCAGCUCCCUCUCUGGGGCUUCUCGAUGAGUUACGGGGUGUUCCAGGAGUACUACUAUGCGAAUUGGACCUUGGACGGAGCGCGUGAACAGACGGGUAUCAUUGGCACAACUUCCAACGGCGUCAUGUACCUUUCCAUGCCGCUUCUCUUCGCUCUCUUCGCCAAGCGGUGGGCCAAGUGGAGACAGACGGCAGCCGUCCUCGGAGCCAUUGUCACUUGCCUCAGCUUCCUUUUGUCGUCCUUUAGUACCAACGUCUGGCAUUUGAUCGCCACCCAGGGAGUUCUUGCAGCCAUGGGCAGCGCUCUCACGUACAGCCCGACUACGCUUUCCCUCGGCGAGUGGUUCGGAACCAACAACAGGGCCGUUGCCUAUGGCAUCGUCCUGUCGUGCAAGAACGUCGUCGGCUCCGUCUGCCCCUUCAUCGUGCGAGCCCUGCUCGAUCGCUAUGGCUUUCGCACCGCGCUGAGGCUGUGGGCCGCCAUCGUCGCUGCCACCAGCCUGGCCAUCCUGCUGCUUUCGGCCCCUCCGUCCGGCUCCUCUUCGACCGCGUCGCACCCGAGGAAGAUCCCAUGGCAGUUUCUCACCCACCGAACCUUUUACGUCCACGGCGUUGCCAUCGUGCUUCAGAGCGCAGGAUACGCCAUCCCGCAGACCUACCUCAACACGUACGCGCACGAAGUCUCCCUGCUGUCACAGGCGUCUGCCACGCUUUUGUUGACCCUUUUCAACGUCCCGGGUAUUGCCUCGUCCUCCUUCUUCGGCUACCUAAGCGAUAACCGCCAUCUUCGGCUUUCGGCCGCCACGGUGACCUCCAUAUCCGCCGUAAGCUCUGCCUUGUCCGCUUUCCUGUUCUGGGGGUUGGCUUCUAAAGGCAGCAUGGCCCUGCUGGUCCUAUUCUCCGUGACUUUUGGCUUCUUCGCUGGUGGGUACAGCGCCACCUGGGGAGGCGUCCUCAACGAGAUGGAGCGAGAAGCGGCCGAGAGAAACGAGGCUAUCGACACGGGUGUGCUUUACGGUCUGCUGAACGGCGCAAGAGGCAUCGGCUAUCUGAGCGGUGGACUUGCCGGCGUGCCGCUCUUGAAAGCUGGCCGAGGCGCCAUCGGAUCCUUUGGCUAUGGUACGUCUUACGGCCCUCUCAUCCUCUUCACGGGGCUCUCUUCUAUUUUUGGAGGAUGGGGACUAUUGUGGAAGUGGCUGCAUCUGCUUUGAAAACCCUGGGCAGUUUUUUGCCGCACCUCGCGCACUGAAGUGAGUGCAGGUUGACUCCAGUGACGGAAAGGACACCUGGGCAAGGCUGCGGCGGGAGGACUGCACGGCACCUGGGCACUCCCAUCAUGGAGGUUAUUCCCGCCUUGUCCAGGUUGGAGUGGGGUGUGGUUAAGCAUAUCUUUUCAUACAUACAAGCCUGGCCCAAUUGCCGGUAGAUCAUCGUACUUCAGCUGUGUACCAAGUUCCGGGCUUUCCGCACCACACGGCUAUGCUUCUCCUAGCUGUUUAACUUCCUCAGGAAGCGGUUCCCGAGUGUCGGGUGACUCCUCCGUGAACCAUGUAUCCGCGAGAAGCUCUUCCGCCGCCGGCCUGUUACGUGGGUCCAGUUUCAGGAUCUUCAAAAUGAACUCUUUGUCGGCCGGGGCUAUUUCUUUCGUGGUCACCCUAAUGAUUGGCUUCGCAGGAGGUCCUUGGCCGUUAAUAACAUUAACAACAAGCGACACCCCCGAAUCUUUAAUGUCGUGAUGAUAAGAGUGCGGAAAUGGACCGAAGAAUUUGUGCAUUCGCUUUAAAGCUGUGAAUUCGUAAUCUUCGUGUCCCGGUUUGAUCCCGUCGAUUUGGGGUGUUGGAAAGGUGGUAGCCGCCGCCGUAUAUAAGGCUAAGCAUCUGUGGUGGGUUAGCAAAGAGGAAGGGCGAGGAGGAUAGGGACAUUUCGCGGGAUAGAGGUUCCGUACCGCGGAACCGAAUGACCAUAUGUCUGUUGCGGUGUCCAAAAUAGUUGGAGCGUAGCUUCUGGACUGCGGGUGAAGCCGGCGCCGAUAAGGUGCCCUUCUAUCGCGAACCUAGAUUCUUGGGAUACUGCCCCUCCACAAUCGCCGAGCUGGACCUCGGAGAAGCGCUGGUUGCCCCGUCCGUAGUUGACGAAUAUGUUGUCGAGCUUAACAUCUACGUGGGUCAGCAGACGCCGCCUGACAGGGCGAAAAGGAAUCUUACCUGUGUGGACGAUGCCGUCUUUGUGGAAGACAUUCAGGGCUUCGAGAACACCCCGGGCUACUUACUUGAUUUCAGGGCGCGACAGCCUCUUCUUGUUUGACUUGGUCAAGCAGUCGCUGUCCAGGUGUUGCAGAACGAUGGAGGAAAGGUCGGCCGGCUCGACGAUCUCGUCGACCAGAGGUCGUAGGAAGGGGAUUUUUGGAUUGGUAGC